UUGUUUAAAAGCAUGGCUUUGCUUAGUUAAAAGCAGAAUAAAGUAUUAAGAUUUGUAUUAUUAAUUGACAUUUAAAAUUAGAUAUUUAUGCGGAUUUGAAUCCAUAGAAACAUUUAGAAAGUAACUCAACAGAAUAAUGUUUAAUUAAAGAGACGGAAGAAUAUCUUUUCGGAAGAACAUAAGUUUACUUGAAAGCAUUAAUUUACCAUGUAAAUAUUUUCUUAAAAAACAUAAAAAUAGCGCUAAUAAAAAAUGAAUUUAACAAUGCGAGAAAUAAAAUUCCAAUGUUGUUUUGAACGAGCUUUAAACGUGCAACAGGAUCAAAUACACAAAGCAGCGAAUGAUUGUGCUGUUUAUAUGAACAAAACUGGAAAAGAUUUCUGGAUAUUUUUUACGAAUUUCAUUAGCUCAUAUUUGCAAGAGCUUGAAAAUGCAACCUCAAAAUGUGAUGAGCCAAACUGGCCCGACGAAUGCAUGAAACCUACAAAAAAUAGAUUUUUAGCGUAUUUUGUAUUUUGGAUUGUGGCUCUGUUAGUAGGUUUUGUUGCAAAUAUUUUAGUAAUUUUUGUGUUUUACCAAUCAAAAACUCUGAGGAAGAAUGUUACAAAUUACUUUAUAGUCUCUUUGGCAUGCAGUGAUUUGCUUGUCAUUGUUUUUAUAAUACCUUAUAAAGCUUACCAAACCCUACACAACCAUAACUUUUGUGGCUCGAUCUCCAUUUGUAAAUUGUAUUUUACAACAGAUGUUACUUUUUUUGCAGCUUCAAUUACAAAUUUAUUUGCAAUUGCUGUCGACAGAUACCUUGCCGUUACUAUGCCGUACCGCUACAAGAAAAUAUUAAGUAAAAGGUGUGCAAGAAUAGCAAUUGCUUCUAUAUGGAUUUAUUCGUGUUUGUGGGGCGUAUUUGCAAAUUUUAAUUUUAAAACUCUUCAGUUUGAUGCUGCUCAUAUAAAAGAUAACCAAUGCACUAUCAGCAAUGGAAUAGAAACUGUAAUUCAAUAUUUUAUGAUAUUCUACAUACCAAGUAUUGCAAUGUUGUUGCUUUACGCUAAAAUUUUAAGAGUUACUUUUUCUCAUGCAAAUCAUAUUGAAGCGAUAAACAGAAGUGUCCAAGGUAAAGCUAGACGUAAGAGCUCUGGUCUUUUGCAGCUUAUUUCAGACUCAAAAUUUUUUGUAAAUAGACGAAUAGAGUUUAGAGCUACUAAGGUUGUUGUAGUUGUUUAUGGUACAUUUAUGAUAUGCUGGUUUCCUCUCAUCACAAUUGUUGUAACGGAAGUUUUAACGGGUAAAUCGAUUACUUCAAAUUUAAUUUAUGUCUUGUUUGGUGAAAUAUUACCUUUGCUCAAUAGUAUUUUAAACGCUUUUAUUUACGGGAUUAUGCAUCGCGAUUACAAAAACGGAUUAAAGCAAGUUUUUAGAAAGUUUGUUUCUGAAACAAUUUACGUUAAAACAACAGAUUUUUUUGGUAAAAAAAACAGUAGGGCAUCUUUAACUUUGAAAUCUCCUGAAAGUGACGGAUGUCCUAAUAACGAAAUUUUAAAUGUUGCAAUUAAAAAAGAUGACGAGGACGAUGCUUACGAAUCAGCCCAAGUAAACAAUCAAACGAAUAGUCUGUGAAUGGAGUAACACUCGUUGUAUUAAAUAAGUUCUGACUUUUUAUUUAUUUCUAUUAAAAAUAGUCUAUAUAAUUUUUAUUUGUAUAGCAAAAUCGUGAUAUUUUCACAUAAUUGUCUAGAAUUCCGUUUAACAUAGUACAUCAAGUAUUACAAAAUCAAUUUGAAAUCAUUUUAUUUUUUUAUUUUUCCAAACUUGACGAAACUACUUUCACACCGCAACCAUACGAAACAUACUACAUAUAAUAAGUUAAGUAUAGGUAUUUUCAUCUUUUAUUUAAUUUAGUCCACUUUGUACUCUUUAGAGAUAUAUUUAUUACAAUUUUACUAGUAGAGCAAUUAAACAACAAAGUAUUUUUUUAUCAGUACUGUUCAGGGAUGCGAAGCCCCAAAUCCGGAAUCUUUUUUAUAAUCCGGCUUUUUUUUUCUCUUUUUUUUUUUGUUUCUGAUGUUCAGGAAUUCUAAAAAUGUGACUAAUAAUCUUCAAUAAGAAAAGAUUUCAUAUGAUUUAA